AUGUCAGCAUCGUUGUCUCCAAAGCAGAAGUACAAGAAAAUCAAGGUGGACAACAUUCAUCGUAGUACAAGACCCCCGCUGAGAAGCAAGGUGCUCGAAACUGAACUGCAGCAGGAAUACUACUCCGGGUACUACGAAGGUGAACCCGUCGAGUUCUUCAAGGAGUGGCGCUCCAACUCCACGCAGACUCGCGAUCUCAUCCUGCUCUGCGUGAACCUCAUGCAGGCACUGCUAGUGUCGUCGUACUUCAGCGUGCUCAUCUUCACGUUCGCGCGGAUGUUUAAGGUCGUUGCGCGCUUCCUGUUCCAGUACCUGCUGCUGCUCCUGGGCUUUUCCGGGGGACUCUUCCUGCUCUACCACGGGGCAGGGCCCUACACGGACUUCUUCAGCGCCAUGCGGAUCGUCUUCCUCACCACCUUCGGCGAGCUCAACUACGGCGACAUCUACAGCUUCGACGACAGCGUCCUGGCGUUCCUGCUGCUGACCGCGUACGUCAUCGUGAUGAUCGUCGUGGCCAUGAACCUGCUGGUCGCGCUUAUGACGUCCGAGUACGAGAAGGUCCGGACGCAGGCCAAGGAGCUGUCGCUGCUGGAGCUCGCGGGCGCGCUGCACCGCUACGAGGAGUGGGUCCGCUACGGCGUCGUGCGCAAGCUCUACUCGACGCCCAAGGGCCAGGAGCUCAUCGACGUCUGCGUGCUGCACGUGUCCGGGUCGGGUCAGCAGCCACGCGCGGGUCGCAACUUCCUGCGGCGCGACUUGACGUCGUCCGCGUCGUCCCUCUCGUUCUUAGGACCAAUGAACAAGCAGCGUAGUAAGGUUGACGCUAUGAAGCUCUCGCUGAUCAGCAAGACCAAUGGGGUGGACGAAGCAGAGAUGGCCAGCAUCACGGAGGCCAUCACGACGCAGGUCAUGAAGCAUGUGCACGAGGAGGUGGAGGCGCUGCGCAUGCAGGUGACGACGGAGCUGCAGGACGCCCGCGAGCUGCUGGAGACGACGCAGCAGAGCAGCGCUCGGGAGCGGAAGGAUGUGGCAAGUAGGCUGGAUGAGGUGUUGAAGUUGCUAGAAGGGGGGAGGAGGAAGGGGUCACCUCGGGCCAACAGGUAG